AACCUUGGAUUGAUCAUUGGUAAAGGUGGAUUUGGUACUGUGUAUCAAGGUCUUGAUGUAGAGAAUGGAGACUUUGUUGCAGUUAAACAGAUCAAUUUGACAAAGAUCCCAAAGGAUCAACUACAGGGCAUUAUGAACGAGAUCGAUCUGCUCAAGAACUUGAAUCACGCCAACAUUGUAAAGUACCUAAAGUACGUCAAGACCAAGGAGUGUCUGUACAUCGUGCUCGAGUACGUUGAGAACGGCUCGCUCUCAUCCAUCAUCAAGAAGUUUGGCAAGUUCCCCGAGACGCUUGUGUCGGUCUACAUCCGUCAGGUGCUCGAGGGUCUGGUCUACCUCCACGAGCAGGGUGUCGUGCAUCGCGACAUCAAGGGCGCCAACAUCCUCACCACCAAGGAGGGCAAGAUCAAGCUGGCUGAUUUUGGUGUGGCCACCAAGUUUGACGACAUGGCGGCGGCGGCCGUCGUCGGCACGCCCUACUGGAUGGCGCCAGAGAUCAUCGAGCUGAAUGGUGCCUCGACCAAGAGCGAUAUUUGGAGUGUCGGCUGCACGGUCAUUGAGCUGCUGACGGGUGCGCCUCCCUACUACGACCUGGGCCCAAUGCCCGCGCUGUUUAGGAUCGUGCAGGACGAUUGUCCUCCUCUGCCCGAGGGUAUCUCGCCUGCGCUCAAGGAUUGGCUGAUGCAAUGCUUCCAGAAGGACCCCAACCUCCGUAUCUCUGCACAGAAGCUACUUAAGCACAAGUGGAUCGCCUUGGCACAGAAGAAGCAAGUUGAGGAGGAGCCAGCAAACAUGGCCGACCUUGCCAAGAACAUUCAAGAUUACAACGAGCGUAUCAACAAGAAGAAGGUGUCCAAUCAUCAAAGGAAGCCAUCACUUCAUCCAAAGUCACAAAAGAACAAGCCAAGCUUACCACCACCUGAAGAGGAGGAUAAUGAAUGGGGCGAUGACUUUAGCACGACACCAAAGUCUUUGAAGUUGCCCGGAGAGAAGGGCAGCACUACAACCAGCACAAAGCCAGCAGCACAGCCAAAGAAGAAUCAACCACAUGUAGUUUCAAACAAGAUCAUCCCACCAGUGAGCAGCGCACCAUUGAAGCUCGCUGCCAAGGUCGUGCAACCAGAGACAGAGGAGCUGGACUGGGGCGACGACUUUGACGUCGGUGCGAUCAAGACCCAGGAUCUCAACAGGGCACUGGGCUCGAUUGGAAAGGACGACGACGACUUUGAGAGUGGAUUCGAGGAUGUCGACUUCCCCACACAGAUAAAGUUGAACAACAAGCUGGUCAACAAUGGCGCCAACACUGGCAGCAGCAGCAGUAGCAGUGGCGGACACAAGAAGAGUCCCAGCAUCACUGGCAAGUCGACUCUCCCAAGCAAGGCCGCCGCCAAGCAGGCUGCCCUGCAACAAGAAAAGCACAACUCCAUCGAGCGAUGGGGUGAGACUGACGAAGAUUGGGGCGAUGUAGCCACAAUGCACUUUGACCACAAGAUUGUAAGAAAGGGAUCGAUCAAUCAACCAGACCUAUCGGCCAAGCUCAAGAGCAAGAUGGCCUAUCCCACAGACAUUGGAAACGAUGAGGAGGAUGAUGAUCCAUUCAACGACACAUUCGAUGACUUUGAUGAGGACUUUGGUAUGUAUGUAGACCUUGACAAGAACCUUCUCAAGGACAACUAUGCCAAGAUGUCUGAGGACAUUCUCAAGUUGAUGAACCAACUACAGGCUGAUCAAUCAGAAUACGUCAUUUCAAAUGUUUGCGAGCAACUUAUUCUGAUAUUCAAAGAGAAUCCAGAUCAGAAGACAUUGUUGAUUAGAAGACAUGGAGUCAUUCCAAUCAUGGAGAUGUUGGAGGUGUCCAACUCACAGGUGAUCUGCUCGAUAUUGCGCGUUGUAAAUCAGAUUAUUGAGAACAAUAUGGAGAUUCAGGAGAAUCUGUGUCUUGUCGGUGGCAUCCCCUCGAUCAUGCGCUUCUCUGGCCGUGACCAAUCAUCCUCCAUCCGUCUGGAGACGGCCAGCUUCAUCAGCAAGAUGUGCUCGACGUCCACACUCACACUUCAGAUGUUCAUUGCCUGCAAGGGUCUGCCCGUGCUGGUCGAUUUCCUGAUGACACCCUACGUCGAGAGCAAGAACCUCGUGUGCAUGGCCAUCGACGCCAUCGUCAAUGUGUUUGAGCUGCAGUCGCCCACACCAAAGAACGACUUUUGCCGUCUGUUCUCCAAGGUUGGCCUGCUGCGUGCACUUGGACCCGUGCUCUCUGACCUCAUCACCGACCCACCCACUGAGACAGCCAACCCCACACUCUACCCAGACAAGAUCAUCAACUUGUUGAUCAUGUUCUCGUCUGCCGACAGCGUCGUGAGGAAGGCCAUGUCAGCGGUGCACGUCAUUGAGAGCAUCCUGUCCACUCUCUCCAAGCUGUCGCCAGAGCAGCUGGUCAAGGUGCUCAAGUCGAUCAAACAGCUCAGUAUGGACCACAACACGCUUGCCAACCUUCAGGCGGCUGGCACGAUCCGCACACUCGUUCCAUUCCUUGGUCGCAACCACUCGGCCGACAUUCAGAACCAGGUCAUCAACACAAUGUUCCAUCUGUGUCGUAUCGACGCCGACCGUCAGUACCAGGCGGCCGUCGACGGAAUCAUCCCACACUUGCAGUACUUCAUCCAGUCGCACUCGCCAACUCAAUCAGUUUGCGCUCCCAAUCAUCUGCGAUCUGGCGCACUCGAAGCGCGCUCGUGA